AUGGAUCUGAAUUUCGAAUACAUUGCUGCUUAUAUCAGCGAUUAUAUUAAUAAUGAAAACUUCUUCGAUACAUUUGAUAUGAGGGAUAUCAAAAUAAUCAUGAAAAAUUCACAUUUGACAGCUGAUCAGUACGUUACUCUUCUUAAACAAUCUUCAUCAACUCUCAAUUCCAAAGAAUUAUAUAUCUGUACAAGGAAGGCAAACGUUCGUGUCCAAAAUCUCGAAGAAGUUGUUUCAAUUCUUAACUCUGUGAAAAGAUACAUGAAAUUCAAUAUAUUUGAUGGCAUUACAGAUUUUUUAAAACAGAAUGAGAAAGUUAUAAACGAUUCUACGAACGAAAGAGAAAUAAUUCAAGAUAAAUCCAAAGCUUUUCAAAAAGAAAAUGAAAAUGCAACCAAAGAUACUACUGUCAAUGUAACUAAUGAAAAUUACAAUCAUUCACGCGAUAUUUUAACUAAAAUCACAGAACUUAAGAAAUCUAGUGAUUUUGAAACAGUUUACAAAUUCCUUGAUGAACUUUCUUCGACAGGAAACCACGAAAUGAUUUCAAAAUCAGUCGAAGAAGGACUUUGGAAAAAGAUUGCUCCUAAAAAAGAUAAAUAUGAUUCUCGUAAGAGAAAUGUUCUUCAUUUUGCAAGUGAAAAAGGAAAUCUCAGACUUGUUCAAUCACUCAUCGAAUGUGGUUGUGACAAAGAAUCAAAGGAUAAUGAUGGAUGUACUCCACUCAUUUGGGCAACAGAAAAUGGUCAUCUUGAAGUUGUUAAAUAUCUUAUCUCUGUUGGAGCUGAUAAAGAAGCAAAGAAUAAUGAUGGAAAGACUGCUCUUGAUGUUGCAAGUGGUUCUGUGAAAGAAUACUUUUUGGAAGACAAAACCAAAUAG